UGUACUUGUUGAAUGCUUGAUUUCGAAUUUCAAAUACAGUACGUUUUUUCGUGCUUAUCUAGUAUUUCUUGAUUCGAUUGCAUUAUUUCUGGGAUUCAGUUUCUACUAUAAUUCAAAUACUUCUAAUUAUCAUAUUGGCGUUGUGAUGGAGCCUGCGAUGGAACAGUUAGAUAUUCAUCCAACUUUCGAAGAUUUUGAGGAUUAUUUGGAAAGUUUUGAAAUCUGGAGCAUGACCAAGAAAGAUGUUAAAGGUGAUAAAAUUGUGGCAAAUCUCCUGACAUUCAUCCGAAAAGAAGCGUACCGCUUAUCAAACAAAUUUGGCAUAUCCAGAAAAACCCAUCUCACUUCCUUAUGCAACUCUUAAGGGGCUAUUAUUAAAUCAUGUAAAGUGCACUAGUUUUGAAUGCCAUGAAAGGGCGAAAUUCCAUAAGAUGGUUCAUCGAAGUGAUCAAAAGGUUACGGAAUUCAUCCUUGAAUUGCAGAAACAAGCUGCCAAAUGUAAUUUCGGUGAUCAACUUCAUGUGCAACUGAGAGAUCGAUUAAUUGCAGGAAUUAACAUACCGGGUUUGGAAAGAGAACUGUUAAGAAUGCCAAACUGUUCCUUUCAAGAUGCUAGAACUGCGUGUAUUAACUUCGAGGCAGUGAAUGAACUUGAUAUCCAGUCGAUGAAGAUUUCUAAUACUUUGCUUAGCCGUCAUGAUGAACUACAAUCUCAGGGUCAAUCAAACUUGCGUUCGUUUAACAGUGAUUCCUAUUCUCGUGUAAAUAUGAAAGUUGUUUCAACAAGGAAUUACAAAGUAAAUGACAGAGGUGAGAUCAAGUUUGGUAAAUGUUUAUCAUGUGGAAAAUUUCAUUCUCGUAAUUCAUGUGCAUUUCGUAAUGCUAAAUGUUUUAAAUGUGGUAAGGUAGGAUACAUUCAGUCAGUAUGCAGAGCUACUGUUCAUUUUGCCUCAAGUAGUACUAAACCUUGGAAUUUAGAUCCCAUUAAUUCAGCUGUUCCUAAUGACCAUUUAUCUUUGUCUACCAUUUCGAAAGGUAAUCCUCAUAUAAAAAAGCGAUUAUAUACAUCACUUGGUUUAUUUCAUGACUUGAUUGUGGACACAGACAGUAUAGAGUCAAUUAUUUCAUUCAAGAACUUGAAAUCUUUAGAUCCUAACGUUGUGGUACGACCCACUGAAGUAUCAAUAUUGGGGAUUACUGGACACAGACUGCCAUACGAGGAUGUUGUGAAUUGGGCGAGACUAUUUUUGGAACGAGCUAAUCAGAAGCGUUUGAGCAAUUUCAAUUAUUAGUCAAUCAG